UCUGCAGGAACCCGGAAGUGCGAGGCUCCAGAUGGAGGGGCAUCGGAAAGUGGAGCUCAGCGAAGCCCUGGCGCUCGGGCCGGACUGGCGCCACGCCUGCCAUGCGCUGCUCUACGCGCCGGACCCCCGCAAGCUGUUCGGCCGCAUCCCGAUGCGCUUCGCCGUGCUGAUGCAGAUGCGCUUCGACGGGCGCCUGGGCUUCCCUGGCGGCUUCGUGGACGCGAAGGACAGCUGCCUGGAGGACGGGCUGAACCGGGAACUGCGCGAGGAGCUGGGCGAAGCGAUGUCUGCCUUCCGCGUUGAACGCUCUGACUACCGCAGCUCACACAUCGCGGCCAGACCGCGUGUGGUGGCCCACUUCUAUGCCAAGCGCCUGACUCUAGAACAGCUGCAGGCUGUGGAAGCCAGGGCACCUCAAGCCAAGGACCAUGGGCUGGAGGUGCUGGGCCUGGUGCGGGUACCCCUGUAUGUCCUCCGUGAUGGUGAGGGAGGCCUGCCUGCCUUUCUGGAGAAUUCCUUCAUUGGAGCUGCCCGAGAGCAGCUACUAGAAGCCCUUCAGGACUUGAAACUUCUGGAUCCUGGCAUUAUUGCAAAACUCAAGAUCCCAGAUUCUAAGUAGAAUCGGACCAGCAUGGACCCCCUGGAACCCAGAGGGCCUUGGUAUGAGGGAGGGAGAGAGAAAGGGAGGGAAGGACAAGUGGUUUCUCUUUGGGGUCUAAGGGAUUGUAGAUGGUUCCAGAUUAACAACAGGGGAGGAUAUGCAAUGUUUUCAAUGGAAGACCGUGUCUGGUGGCAUUAGGGAUAAAAGGCCUUUAUAGUAUCCCAGAGUCCUGCCUUAUACGUGGACAAACAGCCUGGAAGCUCCAGGUAUGUAUAUGUGUAGUUUGUGGUCACACACAGCCUGACAUACUGUCAUCUGUCCAGUUUAACCAUGAUGUGGCAUUUGGCACAUCCCACUCCUUCCUGGUAGAUGGGAGGGUUUCUUCCCCAUCUGCUGUAAGGCUGCUGUCCUGUGUCCAACCCAACCCAUGCCUGUUAGGGAAGCAAAGGAGAUGGCUUCUCUCUGAGAAUUGCCCUGUGUUACCUGGGGCUUGAGCAAAGCAGUGGGUUUCAGAAAGUGACGUAAGGGCCUACCCAGCCCUGCGUUCUAACUGAGAGUUGGAACAUGUCAAAGGGCUUCUUAGGCUGAACUGAGGCCUGAGACCUCAGUCCUGAUACCUGUCUUCCUGCGUGUUCAUCUUUGAGCUCCCAUUGUCUCUGUCUAGCCUGCCCUGGUAAAAAAUAAAAAAUAAAAACAAAAAAACAAAACAAAACAAACAAACAAACAAAAACUAGAGGCAUCUGGAAGAGUGGGCUGAUAUCUGGGCCUCCAAGUUCCAGAGCUUUUUCAAAAGGUACAGGUUAAUACUUGCUCGGUGCUAGGUAUGGUGACAGAAGUAGAGACCCACUGCUCUUUAAGACGUCACGGUGAGGAGUGAGCGCACAGCAUCAUAAAGAGCACUACACAGUAAGAAGUAGACGCUCCUUCAGUCACAUGGUGUCUGUGGGAACCCUUUACUCUGCCACGUCAAACUUACCUGCAUGAUGUAUAAAUUUGUGGUUGUUGUGUCCCAGUAAAACACCAAUAAAAAAA